GAAGGUUUUGUGGGGCAUUACACCAGUCAAAUUUUGGCGUCAUUGCAUCCUCAUCCUCAAUCAUAUAAAAAGGUUCUUUUGUUUCUGUUUCUAUGCAUCCUCAUCCUCAAUCAUCCCCUGAAUAAGAUCCCCUUCUCCAUGAAGCUCCUUCAUGGGUUUCACUGCGUAUGUUGUUUUGGUGGCCUUGGGAGAGAUGAAGCCUUGAAAUUCGAAAUUGUCAACACCAAGAGGAGAUGAUCGAUUGUCUUGAAAUUUCGCCUUUGUUUCAGAUCUGUGAAAUCUGGAGUCAUACUGAAGGGUUUACCGUACGACAUUGCAAAAUCAUUGUGGCUGGGCUUCAUCAUGUUGCCUUCCGUAGUCAUGGGAGUUUGAGAGGUCAUCCAGCGUUUAUUGUUUAAGGCGGUCAAUGGGAGUAUUUUGCCUCCUUAACCUUGUUACUAUCUUCUAUAUCAGACCGAUUAGUAAGAUGAUUCGAAGGUUUUUUUUCAGGAAAAAGUCUUCAAAUGCUGUGCUUUCGGCAAGGGAGGAGAGGGAAUCGAUGAUGGGUCCAGCACAAAGAAAUGGUGAAGGAGGAAAUGGGUUCUUGGUUAAAGAUGUAUUUCUCUGUCACAGUGGGAAACAGAAAAUCCCUGUUCGGGAGCUACACAAGGAGCUGACAAAUAAGGGUGUAUCCUGCUUCUUUGAUGAGGAUCCUCAAAGGUUGCCACUCGCUGAAAAGUUCCCUGCUCGUAUUUUUGAAGCCGCUGAGAAAUGCAGAAUAGCAGUACUGGUUAUCUCCAAGGAUUUCAUCCACUCAAAGUGGCCAAUGCUGGAACUUUCCGCUCUGCUCAAAGCUAAAAGUUCUGGUAAAAAUCCCCACAUGAAAAUACUACCCUUGUUCUUCAUGUUAUCGCCAAAUUCCCUUUCUGAUUUUACAGUAGACAAUCAAGCAUGGAAAGAUCUGGGGAUAUCUGAUCAGGAUCGGGUUGAAUGGCAUUCUACUUUAAAAGAAAUAAAAUCAAUUAAGGGUUUGGUUUUCAAAGAAGUUGAGGAUGUGGUGGGUUUUACAGAUGAAGUUGUCAAAUCCAUCUGCUCCCUGUUACUUCCCCACAUACCCAGUUCUAUGCAAGGCCAUGCACGUCAAGAUCCUCUAUCUCCACCGUUUAACCUUACUUCUGGACAGUUAUGUUUUAAAUUAAGUGCCAAGUUUUUAAAAAUUUCCAUGGUGAUUUGGAUUUGCAUGGAUUUGCCAGCAUCCCUUCAACGCCUUCUUCAGCCUCAUCUUUCUUCAACGUCUGCAAUGGGUUAUAUUGUAUUCUCCAUUAGUUUCUGUGCACCAGUUGAGAUUCCCAUAUAGGACCUCCAAUCAGCGUCAUGUGCUGCUUUGCACGGAGCUACUGGCCCUUUUCCAGGGAAAGUGAGGAUUUUUCUUACAAGAGAGUUAUGGAUCAUGAUAGAUUCUGUUCAAUUCUGGGUUUUUUCUCAAACCCUAUCUGUUCAAAUCUGCAUCAAUAAAAGAAAGAAAUGAUGUGCAGUUUA